AUGUGUUUUGGGGGGAACAGAGAGAAAGUUGUGGCCCCUCCACUUCUGUGGAGCACACCUGGUGAGGGGACACCCCAAAUAGGAAGGAGGGUGCACACAAAGCACCUCUUUCUCCACGAAGCCCUCCUCAGGCACAUGGAGAAGAACCAGCUCCCCAGGCUCUUGGCCGCUGCCCGUCUGAGGCCUGCCUGAUUGGGCCACAUAGAUCUGGUUUUGGCCAUUGACUGGCAACAUGGCAGUGGCCAACUGCAGAGCCACCAGGGAGCAGCCUAAUUCUGAUGAGUAUAACGAAGACGCUGUUGGGAAGGAGAGACUUGGCUGACAUCAUCUCUACCGUUGAGUUCAACCACACGGGAGAGCUGCUGGCCACAGGUGACAAGGGCGGCCGGGUCGUCAUCUUCCAGCGGGAACCAGAGAGUAAAAAUGCGCCCCACAGCCAGGGCGAGUACGACGUCUACAGCACUUUCCAGAGCCAUGAGCCAGAGUUUGACUAUCUCAAGAGCUUGGAGAUAGAGGAGAAGAUCAACAAGAUCAAGUGGCUCCCGCAGCAGAACGCCGCCCACUCGCUCCUGUCCACCAACGAUAAAACUAUCAAAUUAUGGAAGAUUACCGAACGAGAUAAAAGGCCCGAAGGAUACAACCUGAAGGAUGAAGAGGGGAAACUUAAGGACCUGUCCACGGUGACAUCACUGCAGGUGCCGGUGCUGAAGCCCAUGGACCUGAUGGUGGAGGUGAGCCCUCGGAGGAUCUUUGCCAAUGGCCACACCUACCACAUCAACUCCAUCUCCGUCAACAGUGACUGCGAGACCUACAUGUCGGCGGAUGAUCUGCGCAUCAACCUCUGGCACCUGGCCAUCACCGACAGGAGCUUCAACAUCGUGGACAUCAAGCCGGCCAACAUGGAGGACCUCACGGAGGUGAUCACAGCAUCUGAGUUCCACCCGCACCACUGCAACCUCUUCGUCUACAGCAGCAGCAAGGGCUCCCUGCGGCUCUGCGACAUGCGGGCAGCUGCCCUGUGUGACAAGCAUUCCAAGCUCUUUGAAGAGCCCGAGGACCCCAGUAACCGCUCCUUCUUCUCGGAAAUCAUCUCCUCCGUGUCUGACGUGAAGUUCAGCCACAGUGGCCGCUACAUGCUCACUCGGGAUUACCUGACAGUCAAGGUCUGGGACCUGAACAUGGAGGCAAGACCCAUAGAGACCUACCAGGUCCACGACUACCUUCGGAGCAAGCUCUGUUCCCUGUACGAGAAUGACUGCAUUUUCGACAAGUUUGAAUGUGCCUGGAAUGGGAGCGACAGCGUCAUCAUGACCGGGGCCUACAACAACUUCUUCCGCAUGUUCGAUCGGAAUACCAAGCGGGACGUGACCCUGGAGGCCUCGAGGGAAAGCAGCAAGCCUCGGGCUGUGCUCAAGCCGCGGCGUGUGUGCGUGGGGGGCAAGCGCCGGCGUGAUGACAUCAGUGUGGACAGCUUGGACUUCACCAAGAAGAUCCUGCACACGGCCUGGCACCCGGCUGAGAACAUCAUCGCCAUUGCUGCCACCAACAACCUGUACAUCUUCCAGGACAAGGUGAACUCUGACAUGCACUAGGUACGUGCAGAUCCCGGCCCCCACCACCCAGCCUUGCGCAAGUUAUCCCCGACAUGAUCUUCACGACCACAACGCAAGGAGGGGAAGGAAGUCACAGCGCCAACGAGGACAGCCGCAGAGGUGGCAGUGUGUGGACACAGGAAGCCUGGGCCCCCAUCCCUGCCCCAGCUUCCCUAGGCCAGAAUUGUGUUUGGCAGUAAUUGUCUGUUUAAAAAAAUAAAAAGGAAAGGAAGCGUUCACCGCCACAAAUCAUAAAAUGGACAUGACUGUGGAGUCUUACAGUUCAGGGUUCUUUCAUUCACGUCCCUUCACCGUCUCGGUCUGCGGUCUUUACCACAUCGAUAGGACUUUUUAUGCGUCCGGGUUAAUUUUUCACUCCAGUGCGUCCUGCUGCAGGGGCCGGAGCUGAUGGGAGCUGCUUCCCCCCCAUGCCUCACCGGUCCCAGAUCAGGGCUCCAGGGACAGAUGAUGAAUCUCAAAUGAGCCAGCCAGGGGGUCUUUUGGUUAUAAAUGGAGCAGUUGGCCCUGUCUCAGAGCUGAUGAUCGCACCUUUGUAUUUCAGAGGGUGAAUUCAUGCUGAGAAUUUGCAGAUGCAAGCUUCUUUCCUAGGUUUUCUGAACGUCUUGAAACAUCCCAGGUCCCAGAUCUGGUGCAGUUUCCCGAGAGGAGCGGGGUGGGGUUUGUCUUCUGCGUGCCUGUGUCCUCAUCUGAUUCACCUGCCGUUUGCUGAGCCUCUCCUGUGUGCUGGGCAUGGUGCUCAGCCCUAGAGGCUGUUGACUUACCCCCUGCAGCCCUCCCUGCAGCCGCUUUCCCCUCGCCCUUCAGCAUUCACUGGGCACCUUCCUGGAGCGGACACUGGCUCCCAUUCACGAUUUUUUGGAAUCUUCCUCCUGACUGCGAGGUGGGUGUUCAUUCAUUUCCAUCAUAAGCACCAACUUCUCGAAGCGUGCCAGGCUCUGGGCUGGAUGCUGGGGAUAAGAGGAAGCCUUAGGAUCCCCUCUGUCCACGAGAAGAAACUGAGGCUCUGAGCAGAUGCACAGGUCACCCAUGGCAGGCGCCCGCCAAGCAGUGGUGUCAGGAGCCCGUCCGGGUCUUCACACAAGGUUCUCUCCAGUCCAUCUCGUGGGUGGCUCAUGUUUAAGUGACACUCGAAUGGAAGGUUUGGAAAGGAAUGCCUCUCUGUCUUGGAAAAUAGGACAUGGCAGACUUGGCUACGACAAGGGUCCAGGAGAACUGAAACGCAGGAUGGAAGAUGGAGAAGACCCCCCCGGAGCUCCUUGCUCUGCUUGGUGGCUUCAGGAGUACGGCCCCCCCCGGGACUCCACUUCACCCUGGGCUUGCACCCUCCUUGAGCCAAUGCACUGAACUGCCUCUGAAAGGAAAUUGCAUGUUCUGACCAUUUUAGGAUACCUUUACUUUAAGGACCACACAGUCCCAGAGGACGUGUCCCUCGGGAACUCUGCCCCUCUGACAAUGAGGGCGACAGAGAAGGUGGUGUUUCCAUGGUAGAUGCUCCUGUUCUGAUGAUACCACACCUGCCCACCCCUCUGAGUCGUCUUUGCUCAUGGACUCACAGCAGAACCACGCAGUUUGGCAUUUUGAUUCAGAAAGCGAGGAGCAGAGACCCAGCCAAAUCCAACCAUUUUGUUUUGUUUUGUUUUUUACAAGAUGUAACAUAACCCAGGAAAUAGACCCAGCUGAGGUUAUUCUCAGUGGAUUACAGUAUACUUUUGUGUGUGUAAAAGCACAAAGUGCAUGUGUACUCACUUCUGGCCAUAUAACAUUUACACAGGGAAAUGGAUCAUUGGUUUUUUUUUUUUUAAUCAACGUGAAUGAAGAAUGUUUGUUUAUAUAUCACUAUAAAAUCCAGUUGACCUGGACAGUAUUAUAUGUACAUAUCUAUUCUAAUUAAAUUUAACAAUCAAA